UGGGCGGGCAUAUAUAAUCAAACCUGUGCUAAUCGAAAGACGACGAUUGCUCGAUGAUGACCCUUCCAAUUUGGGACCGCUCACAUUUUAUCCAUUCAAAUACUGCACUUCACUUUCUUCAUUUUUCAGUAAGCUCAAAAAAGCACAAACAUGGCGGAAACAAGGCCUCAAAUGCCGAGAGUCCGAUUGCAUUAUCUGCUGUUCCUGUUUCUCGUUCUAAUCCGGUUGGACCAGGCAUUUUCGCAAUCGACCGUCAAAACCCUGCCGGGCUACCCUGGAAACCUGCCUUUCAAACUCGAAACCGGAUACAUCGGCGUAGGAGAAAAGGAGGAGGUUCAGCUGUUUUACUACUUCAUCGAGUCCGAAAAUGACCCGCGAAGGGACCCUCUGGUGCUUUGGCUCACCGGCGGGCCGGGAUGCUCGGGUUUUUCCGGCCUUGUUUACGAAAUCGGUCCAUUGGCCUUUGAUCUUGAGAAUUUCGAUGGAAGCCUUCCAUCAUUACUUUUAAAUCCUUACUCAUGGACAAAGGUUGCCAACAUUAUAUUUAUAGACUCUCCUGUCGGCACUGGAUUCUCAUAUGCAACCACAUCCGAAGGUUACUACUCGUCCGACACUAAAUCAGCCAAAGAUUGUUACACUUUUAUGCAAAAGUGGUUGUCGAUUCACCCAAUGUUUAUCAAGAAUCCCCUUUAUAUUUCCGGUGACUCUUAUGGAGGCAAAAUUGUACCCAUGGUUGCUGUGGAAAUAGCAAAAGGUAAUGAAGCUGGAAAUCAGCCACGAAUGUUACUUCAAGGUUAUUCAGUUGGGAAUUCAAUAACCAAUCUAAGCAAGGAUGACAAUGAAAAGAUUCCUUAUGCGCACAGGAUGGCACUCAUAUCUGAUGAAUAUUAUGAGCUAGCAAAAAGCAGCUGUCGUGGAGAGUAUGUGAAUCCAGAUCCAAACAAUAUACUAUGCAUUUUAGCUCUUCAGCUUGUCAAACAGUGCACGGAUCUUGUCUACACGAAUCAUAUUCUUGAGCCCACAUGCUUAUUCAUCACACCGAAACCUAAUAAUCAUACAUGGGGCACACACUUACUAGAUGAUCCAGUUCACGAUCUCCUCUUCCUGUCCAAACAAGACGCACCUAAGUGCCGUAAUUUUAAUUAUGUGAGUUCUCACGUCUGGAUGAACGAUGAAACUGUACGAGAAGCUCUUUAUAUCAGAAAGGGAACGAUAGGCGAUUGGAAAAGAUGCAAUCUAGCAUUAAAAGGGUAUGAAUACGAUGUGGAGAGUGUUUUUAGAGAUCAUCAACUACUGAAUGAGAAAGGCUUCCAAACAUUGGCUUACAGCGGUGAUCAUGACAUGUUUUUACCUUACUUGAGCACUUUGAGAUGGAUACGCGAACUAAAUCUCACGAUUGAUAGCGCAUGGAGGCCUUGGACUGUAGAUGGUCAAGGUGCAGGUCAUACAGCUCCAGAGUACAAGCCUAAAGAAACUAACAAUAUGCUAAAAAAGGCACAAACAUGGCGAAUACAAGGCCUCAAAUGCCGGGAGCCCGGUCGCAUUAUCUGCUGUUCCUGGUUCUCCUUCUACUCCGGUUCGACCCGGCAUUUUCGCAGUCGACCGUCAAGACCCUGCCGGGCUACCCUGGAAACCUGCCUUUCAAACUCGAAACCGGGUCCAUUGGCCUUUGAUCUUGAGAAUUUCGAUGGAAGCCUUCCAUCAUUACUUUUAAAUCCUUAUUCAUGGACAAAGGUUGCCAAUAUUAUAUUCAUAGACUCCCCUGUCGGCACUGGAUUCUCGUACGCAAACACGUCCCAAGGUUACUACUCGUCCGACACUAAAUCAGCAAAAGAUUGUUACACUUUUAUGCAAAAGUGGUUGUUGAUUCACCCCAUGUUUAUCAAGAAUCCCCUCUAUAUUUCCGGUGACUCUUAUGGAGGCAAAAUUGUACCCAUGGUAGCCAUGGAAAUAGCAAAAGGUAAUGAAGCUGGAAAUCAGCCACGAAUGUUACUUCAAGGUUACUCAGUUGGGAAUUCAAUAACCAAUAUAAGCAAGGAUGACAAUGAAAAGAUACCUUAUGCUCACAGGAUGGCACUCAUAUCUGAUGAAUAUUAUGAGCUAGCAAAAAGCAGCUGUCAUGGAGAGUAUGUGAAUCCAGAUCCACAAAAUAUACUAUGCAUUUUAGCUCUUCAGCUUGUCAAACAGUGCACGGAUCUUAUCUGGGGGAAUCAUAUUCUUGAGCCCAAAUGCUUAUUCAGCACACCGCAACCUAAUGAUCAUAUGUGGGGCUCACACUUACUAGAAGAUCCAGUUGACAAUCUCCUCUUCCUGUCCAAACAAGACGCGCCUAAGUGCCGUAACAAUAAUUAUGUGAGCUCUUACGUCUGGAUGAAUGAUGAAACUGUGCGAGAAGCUCUUUAUAUCAGAAAGGGAACGAUAGGCGAUUGGAAAAGAUGCAAUAAAACACUAAAAGGCUAUGAAUCCGAUGUGGAGAGUGUUUUUAGAGAUCAUCAACUACUAAAUGAGAAAGGCUUCCAAACAUUGGCUUAUAGCGGUGAUCAUGACCUCACUGUACCUUACUUGAGCACUUUGAGAUGGAUACGUGAACUAAAUCUCACGAUUGAUAGCGCUUGGAGGCCUUGGACUGUAGAUGGUCAAAUAGCUGGGGUGCAGGCCUCAAAUGCCGAGAGCCCGGUUGCCUUAUCUAUUGUUUCUCGUUGUAAUGCGGUUCGACCCGUCAUUUUCGCAGUCGACAGUCGAGACCCUGCCGGGCUACCCUGGAAACCUGCCUUUCAAACUCGAAAUCGGGUCGGAUUCGAGACAAAUUUUCCGGUACAUCAGCGUCGGAGAAAUGAGGAGGUUCAGCUGUUUUACUACUUCAUCGACUCGGAAAAUGACCCGCGAAGGGACCCUCUGGUGCUUUGGCUCACCGGCGGGCCGGGCUGCUCGGGUUCUUCGGGCUUAAUUUACGAAAUCGGUCCUCUGGCCUUUGAUCUAGAGAAUUUCGAUGGAAGCUUUCCAUCGUUAAUUUUAAAUCCUUAUUCAUGGACAAAGAUUGCCAAUAUUAUAUUCAUAGACUCCCCUUUUGGCACUGGAUUCUUAUAUGCAAACACGUCCAAAGGUUACUACUCAUCCGACACUAAAUCAACAAAAGAUAUUUACACUUUCAUGCAAAAGUGCACGGAUCUUCUCUGGGAGGAUGAUAUUCUGGAGCCCAGAUGCAUCACACCGAAACCUAAUAAUCAUAAGUGGGGCUCAGACUUACUAGUUGAUGAUCCUUUUCCCAACGUAGAUAUGUCUUCUCUUUUAGCAGAGGUAUAA